UUCUAUCUCUGUUUACUUCUGUCCACAUACUUCGGAGAAUUUUUCAUUAUCAUUAUCAACCAAGCAAAACCAACCUAUCCUCAUAUGCUCCGUUAAAGUUAUAAGCACAGACUUGAAGACCCAUGUCCGGAGGAUGAGUGUGUUCUCUACCCAAAUGCAAAUUCUAAAAGCAACAACAGCCAAAGCUGCAACAUUCAAUCCAACCCUCUUCAAGAAUCUAAUCAGAGAACCCAGUUUGAUUUCUUCAAAACAGAACUCCUUCCUCAGGGGUCAAUUCCAUACCAAACAUUUCCUUGAAAUCACCUCAAGGCAUAAAUUGAGAAGCCAAGCAGGAACAGUAGUUGUGCCUAGUUGUCUUCUUCCAUUAACAGAGGAGAAUGUUGAGAAAGUGCUUGAAGAAGUGCGGCCAGGCCUAAUGGUAGAUGGGGGCAACGUCGCACUACAUGAGAUCGAUGGUCUUGUUGUGGUACUAAAGCUGCAAGGAGCUUGUGGUUCAUGUCCAAGUUCAACUAUGACAUUGAAGAUGGGAAUUGAAACUCGUCUCAGGGAUAAGAUCCCUGAAAUCCAAGAAGUGGAACAGAUUAUGGACACAGAAACAGGACUUGAGCUCAAUGAGGACAACGUUGAAAAGAUUCUUUCAGAGAUAAGGCCGUAUCUUUCAGGCACAGGAGGUGGAGAGCUAGAGCUUAUUCAGAUAGAUGGAUAUGUUGUCAAGGUCCGACUCAGUGGACCAGCAGCAGGUGUAAUGACAGUCCGGGUUGCUCUAACUCAAAAAUUGAGAGAAAAAAUACCUGCAAUAGCGGCCGUUCAGCUAACAGGAGAGUAACACUGAGAGUAUCAUUUUAUUGUUUUGAGAACAGAAAAAGGAAAAGAUAUAAUAGGUAAAUUAUACAAAUCUUCUGCAACACAAGAUUAUAAAUUGCAAUCUUUGCACA